AUGCGGGUCGGUGCGUGGCUUCUCUGGGUGUCCUGGUUCUGCACCUGGGCAGAGUUCUCACAGAGGUGCGAGUGCCAAGACACGUGUCCAACCGAGUCAGGACUGGACAGCAGGUCGAGGAGCCGGGUCAAGGGGCAUGCUCGUCACGGCGUGGGACACCAGCACCCCCCCCACAGGAGCAGGCCGCACAGCAGAAAAGGUUCCAGAGUUCAUGCCCAGGAGACGGCGCCCCGCAUCGUCCACCACCCGGCCGACGUGGUGGUGAAAGUGGGGAACCCCGCCACGCUCUCCUGCAGGGCGGAUGGCAGCCCCAAGCCGACCAUCGAGUGGCUGCGCAACGGCCAGCCUCUGGAGACGAAGGGAGACGGACAGCUGCAGCCCAUUGUCUUAUCGGAGGGGAGCAUCUUCUUCUUGAGCGUGGGGGGGGGCAGACGGGGUCAGUCACACGAGGGCGUCUACACCUGUGUGGCCCGGAGCAGUGCCGGCAAGGCCACCAGCCGCAAUGCAUCACUGUACAUCGCAGUGUUGCAGGAGGAGUUCAGUUUGCAGCCCAGUGACGUGGAGGUGGCAGAGGGGGAGGUGGCGGUCUUGAACUGUGGCCCCCCAAUGGGACACCCUGAGCCCAAUGUCAUCUGGAAGAAGAACGGCUUGGCCAUCAACAACUCGGAUCACCACUACACUGAGCUGAGUGGGAAGCUCAUCGUCGCUCCCGCAGAGAAGAAGCACUCUGGUGCCUAUGUGUGCGUGGCCAGCAACACCGGGGGAGUGAGGGAGAGCAGGGCGGCCCGCCUCUCCGUGCUGGCCAAGCCGGCGUUGGUGCUGAAGCCAGACGACGUGUCCGUGAGGAUGGGGGAGUCCGCCCACUUCUACUGUCAGGCCAAAGGGGACCCCCCGCCUGCUGUGGUCUGGAGCCGAGAGCAGGGGCCACUGCCCAAUGGCAGGUAUCUUGUAAACCCGGACCACACUCUGCAGAUCCACUACGUGACAGCCCAGGAUGCUGGGAAGUACACCUGCACUGCAGUCAAUGAUGCCGGUGUGGUCAGGGCCAGCGCACAGCUGCUAGUUGAAGAGGCCACCAGCACUAAACAGAGAGACCUCCACAAAGAGCUGUCAGCACUGCGAGUUGCUCUGGAAAACGUCACCAUCGUGGCCCCCGGGUCCAACGUAUCGCGAGUCCAAUGGAAGCUCCAGUCGCUUCCAGCCCAGCCGCACUACCUGGACGGCUUUGAGGUGCUCUAUCGCUCUCUGCUGCCUGCCAGCUCCGACUGGGCAGCGAAGAGGGUGGCCCUGCCCAGCUUCCAGGCUCCAGUGGGCCCCUUAAAGAGGGGCUACAAGUACGAGUUUAAAGUUCGGCCCUAUGGCAGCAACCUGUACGGGAGGGAGAGCAACACCCGGCACCUCCGAGUCCCCGAGACGGUGCCCAGUGCCCCUCCACUGGCUGUGUCCAUAACAGUGAGCCACGAGCAGAAUGACACCAUCCAUUUGAGCUGGGGGCCUCCUCCUCACGAAGCCCACAACGGCCUCAUACAGGGAUACCAGGUGUUUUGUGUGGAGUCUGAGGAGCAGCAGUACCAGAACUGGACGGUGGACAGCGGCCAACAUAACCUGGACAUCUCCACCCUGAAGCCAGGGAGACGGUAUUGGAUCACCAUAGCAGCUGUCAACGGGGCCGGAGUGGGAAUGCUGAGCGACCCUCAAGGAUUUGUCAUCAACCCACAAAUAGGCCCCCCCCCUGAGUCAGACGGCCAAAGACGGGAUCUGUCCCAGGUCAUGGCCCUGCUUCAGGACCCAGUGUUGAUCGGAAGCAUCGGCGCCCUCCUGUGGUGCGUUUUGAUGGUGGCGGCUGUCUUCCUCUUCAGACGCCACAGCAGGACAGGCCACCUGAUACCAGGACGGGGCCGGGCCAAAGGUUUGCGCAGACUCGCCAGUGAAGAUCUCAUCAUUAAGCACAGGAUGGCAGCUCCAGACUCCCCUUGGAUCUCUGGAGGCUGGAGACCUGCCUUCAACCAGAAGUAUCAGGACCUCUGGGCCCACGGUCAGAAACAUCCAGGACUCAGGGGCACCAGCCUCCCGACCUCCUGGAAGGAUCUCGGCCGCGUGGACUCGGCCGUCCCCGUCGUGACCGACAGCUGCGGCGUUUACGGCACGUUCUACGUGGACCUGGUGGGCAGCGGCCUCAAGACCUUCAACAGUCCCAGGUGUGGCCCCAAGAUGCCUCACGGUCCGCCCCACCAGCAGGGGGCCGAGACCAUCCAGAUAUUCCCUCGGCCUGUCGGCAAGACCCCGCCCCUCGGCAGCCGGGAGGCGCUGCCAUGGAAACAGGCCAUACGGCCCCAGCCCAAGAUGGGUGUGCUGAGGGAGUCGUGGGAGAAAAGCCACAGCAAGCAAGAGUUGCAUGCAGUGAACAGCGUCCCCAUAGUGCCGACCAGGAACCAGGCGUGUCCGUCCAGACUCUACAAACAGAGACUCAGUCACGUCCCGUCAGGCCGGCGCGAGUGGGAUGGAGUUGCCGGCUGCCCUCGCCUGCUGCAUUGCUCUGCAUCAUUACACCUCGUGGACAUGCUGCCCCCCCCACCACCCACGCCCAUGGAGGACACCACGGACACACACAGCUUCUCCUCAGAUGAAGGCUCCAGUCGCUCUACGAGGCUCACAGGGGACACGGGCUCUCUCCCGUCGGUGUGCGCUGUGUCGAGUCGCCGCGGGCAACCACGAGCCGCCGCCGCCCACGGCUGCUCGUCCUGCAGCCCCCCGUCCACUACGUCCUACUCCUCGUCCGUGGAUGGAGAACAUGGCGGCACGCUGACGGCACAGGAAGCCGCCCUGUAUCUGGAGCUCAGCCCCAAGCCUGAGAGAUGCAGUGCCUUGCCUGAGCAGCACCCCUCCCUGCCUCACCCCUUCCCACCUGCUGGCGGCGAGCCCGAGUUCCCGCCGAUAGGCUUGCGACACGCCCGCCUCCGGAGCACACCCUCCUCCUGCUACAGCGAAUGGGACAGCUCGCUGUGGAACACCUGGAGCUCCAUCACCGACGGCAACAUGGCCAGCGCUCGCACCAGCCUCAUCAGCUCGGUGGACAGCUGCUACACCAACGACAGCGCUCAGCUCGCCCGCCUGCUGGCGGCGGGGGCGGAGUCCACGAGCGGAGCCUCUCUGUCAGACUUCUCCCCGCCUGCCUCCCCCCUCAGCGCCUCGUACCCGUCGUUCCGUGCGGAGGGCGACUCGUUCGGUGAGCUGGAGCCGGUUCCCGCGUGGGACUGGAGCUCGGCCUGGGUGGAGGACAUGGAGGCUCGGUGCAGAGCCCACUAUCCCGGCACUGAGAGAUACAACGCCACUGAAUACUGACCACUUCAGACACACAGCACAGACGGGACUCUUUUAUCUUUUAGUGAUGGGGUUUGUUGAGGUCUUAAUAAGUCAGGGUUUGAUCAAUAUCUGGAUAUGAAAUAUUAUUGGAGCCAGCGCCUUGAUGUCUGAGUCACGUCUAUUAGUUUUCCCAAUUUACGUCAGGGCAGUUUUUUACACCCUUCACAUGACUUCCAUCCAGUCUCUAGAGUUCCCUUCCCUCUCCGGAGCCUCUGGGCUCAUUAGAGGACAGGAUGAUGAUGAGGUGAGGAGGAAGAACACAGCUGGAGCGUUCUUAUUUUCACCUUUUAGUCCGACCAAACAGACGCAGCACGGCCAUUUUGUACAGACUGUUUUUACUGUAGUGUAUAUAUUCAGCAUAUUCAACAAAUGUUAUUUAAAUCCCAUUCCAAAUCCAGAUCAUUUACAUUCUUUUAUAUGUAAGACAGUUUUUUACUUGAUACAUCCCGUCCACUUUUGUAUGUUUGUAUUGAACAAAAUAUUCUGUAGUUCAUUGUAGCAAAAGUAGAACAAGUUAUUGUUUAAAAGUCCUUUGUUCACGAUUAAUCGAGCUAACUUGAGGUUUUACCUUAAAAUAACUUACAAUUUUAGGGAGCAUUCAACAACAGAUGUUGUACAAGUUAUGCUGCAUUAAUUAGUCUUUGCAUAGAAAUUCACUAACAGUGGUACACAGUUUUACAUUUUUAAGAAUUUGGGUUUUCUUCAUAUUACAGAUGUAU